ACUUCAUAUUUUAUAUACAUUUCAGUAAUUAGAUACAUUAAAUGUAUUUCUUCAUAAAUAUAUUACUAUUUCUCAUCAUUCCUUUUCUCUUCUGGUACAGAUGGAGAAAGAAACAAUUUUCAUGUUUUAUCGAUUUGGGAAUUCCGGGGCCAAAACCGAAUUUCUUUUCUGGAAAUAUGGAUGACCUUAUUACGAAGGGAGUUGCUAAAUGCCAUAUCGAUUGGAUUAAGAAAUAUGGAAAUGUUGUCGGAUAUUUUCAGGGCUCCAUACCUAUCCUACUUGUAGCAGAUUUGGAAUUUAUGAAGAAUUUUAUGGUCGUCAAUUACAAGAAUGCUUCUGGCCGAGAGUGGUUCAUUGAAGAUGCUGGAGUGCCAAUGAAGACAUUCAGAAAAUCAGCAGUUGCAGUUGUCGGGGGACCAUAUUGGAAAGAACUUCGCAAUAUAAUGUCUUCAACUUUCACUAGUAGAAAGUUGAAAGGGAUUAUACCAAUAUUGGAGAAAUCUAUUACACGCCUGACAAACAAAAUAGAGAAGAAAAUAGAAAAUAAAGAAUAUGUUCCAAUGAAAACAUUAUUUAGUGAAUAUGCUUUCGACCUUACAAUGUCAACUAUGUUCGGAAUAGACGAUGAUGGAUCGGAAAUGUACAGAAAGUUUUAUAAGGAUUCCAAACAACUAUCAAAUGUACCCUACAACGAUAUAAUUGUAAAUUUUGCUUUAUAUUUUCCAGAAUUUUCAACUGUUUUUACAUUGAUAAGAGAAGCGAAGGAUAAGAUUUCAUAUUUUUUAGGAAGACCUUCGUGCUUUGGAGCUUAUAAGAAUUCAUUAAGUGUACUUCAACUGAGAAAAUCAAAUCCUCAAAUUCAACGGGAUGAUUUUGUACAACUCUUAAUGAAUGCUACAUACGAUAAACAAAAAGAAAAUGAUAAAACUUGUGUGAUGAAAAAAUCAUUGUCAACAGAUGAAGUUGUUAUAAAUAUGAUGAAUUUUGUUUUGGCAAGUUACGAAUCAACGACUUCGACAUUAACAUUCGCAUUGUAUAUGAUGGCAAAGUAUCCCGAAAUCCAAGAAAAAGUUAGGAAAGAACUAAAUUCAAUAAACACAAAUGAGGAAGAAGUUAAAAAUUCUUUCUUGCGUGGUAUUCCUUACCUCGAUCAAGUAAUUAAUGAAACUCUCAGAUAUUACACUAUAGUCAGAGUUUUGGUAACUCGAACAAUAACAGGAGAAAUUAAGUGGAAUUCAAAAACUUUACCAAAGAAUUUGGUACUACAAGUGGCUGCCUAUCAACUGCAUCAUGAUCCUGAAUAUUGGGAAAAUCCUGAAACGUUUGAUCCCGAUCGAUUCUUACCACAUAAUAAACAGAAAUUAAAUCCGAUGAUUUUCCAAGCUUUUGGUUAUGGACCUAAAAACUGCAUUGGAAUGCGGUUUGCUUAUCUCUCUUUAAGACAGAUAUUUACACGUCUUUUAACCAAAUAUAAAUUCGAAAUAUGUGAAGAAACGGAAACGUUAAUAGAAGGUUACGAACAUAUUGUACUGAAACCAGUGAACGAAUUGAUUUUAAGAGCUAUUCCUAAUUUUUAAGUUCUGAUUACAAUGCAAAUGCCGAUUUGAUAAUAUGAAAUUGGUACUUUAUUACAAAUAGAAAUUUAAUACAUUUUAAAGCAUCUGAGCUAGUGACAUAAUCGAUGUUUGUCUAUGAAAUAUAUAAAGUCUAUAUUUUAUGUAAAAGCUUAAAAAUAGAAAUUUACCCUAGAACAGCGGUCGGCAACCAAUAGUCCUUUGACUAUUGAUGGUCCGCAAGAAAAUUUGGACAUUGAUCAACAGAAGGUUACGCGAAGUAAUACGAAAGAAAUGCAAAAAGCUUAGUUACUUUUUUCACUCAUUGGGGUUUCUAUUCGAAUCUAAAACCAAAUAUGAAGUGACUGUUAUCAAUAAAUAAUGAACAAUAAACAAUAUUGU